UCACCCACAAUAAGACCAAAGGUCCAACUACUGACCUUUUAUUGAACGUAAUCUAAUCUCUUAAUAUCCCUGCAUAUACACCUUCCAGUCAUCACUCCACCCUCUGAUUCACUGAACAAGGAAGUUCAGCACUCAAAACUCUGGACUGCACUCUGCACUCUGGUCAGAACCCUGGCAACCAGGCAUGGAAUAGAAUGGCUCGCAUCAUGGUGGAUUUUAAGCCGAAACUAUAUAAAGUUUCUGUCUUUGUGCUCCUUUUUGCAGCCAUCACAAUUGCAAAUGGCGAGAAUCGCACGCUCAAGUACAUCUACACAGCGCUGUCUUUGCCCAGCAAGACCCAGAUCCCAGAGUUCACCGCCAUGGGCCUCCUGGACCACAUGCAGCUAGACUACUUUGACAGCAAGAUCAUGACAAAGCUUCCGAGGAAGCCGUGGAUGCUGCGUGAACUCGGGCAGGAAUACUUCGACAAGGGCACACAGUCCCGUCGCAACAAGAUGCAGUGGUUCAAGGUCAACCUGGACAUCCUGAUGAAGCGAAUGCACCAGAACAACACGGAUAUCCAUGUCCUACAGUGGGAGCAUGGAUGUGAAGCUGACCAGCAGCCCAAUGGAACGAUCCACUUCAUGCGAGGAAUUGACCGCUACAGUUACGACGGACAUGACUUCCUGGACUAUGACAUGUGGAACGACGUCUGGGUGUCAACGUUGGAUGCUGCCAAGUUGACCAAAGACAAGUGGAACCAAGUGAAAGAACUGAUUUCGUACACUGAUGGCUACCUGAAGACCGAGUGCAUGAGCUGGCUGAAGAAGUUCAGUGAUUUUGAAGCCAAAGAAAGAGCCAAAGAAAAUAGAACAGACAAACCUGAACUCUACAUAUUCUCAAAGAAAUCUGUCAUCGCUCGAAACCACGUGCUAACGUGUUUAGCAACGGGCCUCCCCUCCAAAAACGUGCAUCUGGAGAUGAGACGCAACAAUAGAGUUCUGGAUCAAACCGAUGGCUUGAAUACAUUACAGCUGUCCCCAAACCAUGACGAAACCUUUCAGCAGCGAAGCUACGUCGAGCUUCUGCGCUCAGACAAGGCUUCGUUCAGCUGUCACGUGCCAAAGCUCAACCUUUCGAAGACUUGGGAUGGGAAACUUCCUACUGAGGAAUCCAACACUGGGAUCAUUGCUGGUGCUGUGGUUGCAGGCCUCGGCCUCAUUCUUGUGGCCAUAGUUAUUGUGAUGUACAUCAGGAGAAGAUGUGAACCAGACCCACCACCUGAGAACAAGUCACCAGGAGACCAAGCUGAGAAAGUGAAAUUGCUCGAAAAAGGCUCAUAUCCAGGACCUGCAUCGUCUAUUCAGAGCGAAGACUCUGGAACUGCUUCCUCCACUGCGUCGUCCGAUCGAAGCGGUGACCCAGUCUCCUCCGGCUCCACUAGCUCCACUGAAUUUCUGACAGAUCCGAACUCACAUAAGAGCGACUCAGCCAAUGAGUCACCUGACAGCGGCGCAGGAAGUGAGGACGGCGGUUCAUCUGGGGCUUCCACUCCACCAAGACAUCCAAGAUCUGCAUCGUCUAUUCGGAGCAAAGGCUCUAGAACUGAUGCGUCGUCCGAUCGAAGCGGUGACCCAGUCUCCUCCGGCUCCACUAGCUCCACUGAAUUUCUGACAGAUCCGAACUCACAUAAGAGCGACUCAGCCAAUGAGUCACCUGACAGCGGCGCAGGAAGUGAGGACGGCGGUUCAUCUGGGGCUUCCACUCCACCAAGUGAAAGAAGGGUGCCCGUAUGAAGCCAUUGAUCUACCCAAGAUGUUUGUUUUGCUGAACAUUUAUUCUGCAGCUUAUAACAACUUCUGUCAAAUCAGGUGUUUAAUGAGGUGUUCUCAUCACACACAUGCUCGCUGGGCUUAACGUAAGUUUAGGAUCUUUAAACCUGCAAGAGCUUUUCUUUAAAGUACAAUUUUGCAAAUAUUCCAAAAGCAAAGAAGGAAAUGUAUGGAUCUCCUGCAUUGUGAAAUAUUCAGAAAAAUGACAUCACUCUCAACAGUAAACUCAGUUAUGGUGACUUGAACCUGAACAGUGCCCACAAUGCUUUGCAGCCCAGUCACCCAGUCAUGGUGGGUUCUCAGUCAAAUAGGGAGUUCGGGGAAAAAGCCUCAUGUAUGUUUCACGUAAAGGUAUUUGUUUAAUGGACAUGUAUGUGUGUGAUGACGUGUGUCUGGUAGGAGGUCUGCCCUCGACCCAGUCUCUAUUUAAUGUGUCUGUAUAGUUGCUGAUGCAAUGCCAAGCGAUGAGAAGUGUUGACCAUUUGGGUGUAAUGCUGCUGAUGCUGAUGAGGAAUAAACUGAAGCCUGCGUCCCACUACCUCUGUGGUUCCUUCUGCUCCUGACUCU